CUCUCUCUUUCUCUCUCUACUGUCAGCCUCAGCAGUCUCCACACCACAGCUAGACACUGGUGCAGCGCAGAUCCAUUCCUACAUACAUGUACGUGUGUGUGUGUGUGUGUGUGAAUGGGAACGGUCACUAUUUAAGUGUGCGAGCUGAUUUGGAAGAGAAUGUGUGUGUAAGCCUUUCUGGAGCAUCUUUUGUAUGGAGGAGCAUGUGUAUAGAGUGAGAGACAGCGUGAGGAUGCGUGGUGGGCAGGCGUUGUGAUCGGUGGAGUUUUCAGUGUACUAUCAUCGUGCUGUCUGCCUCCCACUCCCUUCCAUUUGGUCAUCUUUUUGGGCAAAAUCAUCCGGCUGGGAUGUCCACCUCGCCUGGUGCAACAGACAGGAGCCAAAGGAACUCUUUGGAGCAAGAUGCAGAGCAUGCACAGAGAGUCCCUGGGGCAGACCAAGGAGGGGCCACAGCCCCCCAAGUCAAGCUAAAAGAGAGACAGAAGUUCUUUGAGGAGGCCUUUCAGCAAGACAUGGAGCAGUACCUAUCCACUGGCUACCUGCAGAUUGCUGAAAGGAGAGAGCCAAUAGGAAGCAUGUCAUCCAUGGAGGUGAACGUGGACAUGCUGGAGCAGAUGGAUCUGAUGGACAUGUCUGACCACGAAGCCCUGGAUGUGUUUCUGCACUCUGGGGGAGAGGACAACAGUACUGCCUCACCUGUCACAGGUCCAGAUGUUGAGUCCUUUACCACAGAGAUUAGCCUCCAGGUUCCCACCCAGGCUGAGCUACGCCACAAGCUUUCUUCCCUUUCAUCCACCUGCACCGACUCAGCCAGCCAGGACACAGAGGCCGGGGAAGAGGACGAGGACGAGGAGGAUGACGAGGAGACUGAGCAAGGAGAAGGUGGAGGUGUUGGAGCAAGGAGGAGAAGGGCCCCCGUGGUGGUGACACUGGACGAAGAGGAGGUGCACCCUGAUACAGCGUUGGUGGACGGGGUGGACCAACAGGACCAGACCAGCAAAGACAGUGAGGCAAGCAGGCCGAAGGUUUGAAGACACAUGGACUGAAUUUAAACACACACAAACACACACACACACCUGUAAAAUCAAACUGAGAUGAUUAAUAAUAUUAGCUUCCAUCUCAAAUUUUCAUACUGAAAAAAACGUGUGAAAGGAACAACACUGAGGUUGCACUAACUGCCACAUGACCUUGCCUUAAAACCCCCGAUUAGUGAUUACUGAUGAGUAUUCAAUCUUAAUAAGAGAGUAUAAUUAUAAGAGUUCUAUAAAAUUGGUUAGAGUUUCUUUUUAGCAUCAUAGCAUUGCAUGGCUUAACAUGCACAAUAAUAGUUUGACAUUAUUCAGAAGAAGCUGUAAUAUUCUGUUUUUGUGUUUGUGCAUGUUGAGACAAGCCUGUUGCUAAUAAGUGGGGAAGUACCAGUGUGCACUAAAAUCAUCCGUGUCCCUUUUGCAGAUCUUUGUAUUCAUAUUUUCAUGCUAACACCUAUUAACUAAACUGCAGCUGUUGAGCAUUAAUACA